AUGAAGUUCUUCCUCCUCCUUACAAUUGCCGCCUUGCUUUGUGCCCAGACUCUUGCCGCCACUCAAGGAUUCUCUGCCAACUUGAUCAACAAUGGUGGUGUCUCGCUCACCAAUGGUGCCCAAUCACUUAGUACAGUGGGUGGCUGGUCGACCGGUGGAAAUGGAUUCAACUUGGGCAAUUUUGGCGCCAACGGUGGAUACACCAUUCCAGUUGCCGGUAUCUACCACUUUGAUGCCAACGUCCUGAUUGAUGUCGCCUCCUCCGUUGCACCCAACCAAAACGUUGAUAUCCGUAUCAUUAACUGUGCCGCUGGAUCUGGAUGCAAUGCUUACUGUGCUGGAGGUUCAGUCCUUGGCCGCACCCUGACCCAAGGUGGAUCCCUCUGGUUGCCAAGUGGCUUCAACUAUGCUUUCCCACCAAACUACAACCUCAAGGCAUCAUACACUGGAUUCUUCAAUGUUGGUGACACCAUUGCCGUCUGCAUUGACAACUGGGCAGCCUCUGGUCAAGUCAAGUUGAACUGUGGAUCAUCCCCACUCUGCACAUUUGCUGGAUUCCAAAUCAACUAA